GCGCGGCACUUGCAACACAACGGACCAGUGCGCGGUCAUCGACCCGAUCAUGGCAUGCUCCGACCACCUGUGCGUCUGCCCGUCGUCUCCCGGCCAACCGAUGGUGACCGACGGCGGGCUUUGCAACUCUACAGCCGCUGUCUGGUUCCCGUCUUCUCUGGGAGCCGCGUGCGCUGGAGACGCCAACUGCUCGUUCACGGCCGUGUGCCUGGCCGGCCAGUGCAGCUGUCCGCCGGGAUUCCGACCGUGGGACGAGCACAACUGCACCGCCAUCCAUGUCACAGCCGCACCUGCUACUUCCUGGACGACCCUUCUCGUGCUGCUUUCUGGCGCUGGCCUUAUCAUCCUGUUCGUGUUCUGCAUCUGGAUCCUCGUUCACAGGAACUUCGUCAUGCGUUGGACGAAGGACUACGACGACGGCAAACGGUCUACAACGCUUCUCGUCUGGUCCCAAGCCAGCGUUGGCGACCGAACCUGGCCGAGUCAGGAGGCGGUGUCCCAAAACAUCGAAGCGCCUGUGGCGCCGCAGCCGGCGCACAGUAACGUGUCCGGCGACAGUCGGCCCGGGACUCGGGACAACGGCCAGGCGGUGGCCGCAGACCACUCCUCAGACACGACCAACCAGCUGUCCUCGCUGACCGAGCUGCGAGGCCUGUGUAGCGCUCCGGACGAGUCUUUCGUGCGGCCCGUGCUGAGCCACGAAGAGGUGCACCUCGUGUACCCGCAUCUGCGGGGCAUCACGACGUCGCGACCACCACCGCCGCCGUCGGCGGCCCAGGAAGCCGGCGAAAUGCAGCCGUCAUCGCUCUCCGAGCAGCCGGGUGGCGCCGAGAGCCUUAACGCCAGCUACUUCACGAUCGAGCCAAGCUCCGGACCCAAGAGCGAGCUGCGGUCGGCGCUAUCCACUUCACCGAGGAGGCGCCGGCGCCCUCGGGGUGCAGAGGCGGUCGCCAGACACGUGGCCUUCCCGGCUGAGCCUACCACGUCUUCUGCACCGGCGGUGCUCCCCGAAAUUGAAUACGAGCUUGUCGGCCCAACCGAGGCUUCAGGCGCGACGAGCAUCCCGUGGAGCUCUUUCGGCAGUUCCUUGGACUCACUGCUCGGAACGCCCGUGGUGGCACGCAUCCGCAGCGUCACGUACGACGCGGCUCUGCAUAGGACGCUGAAGAACGGCAGCGAAGACACGUCGACAGCUUCGGCGAGCCGGAAGUAUUCCGAAUGAAGACUCGAGGACCGUGCAUAGCAUGAUAGCGGAUCAGACGGCAGUGAACCUUGACACAGCUGCUCUUCUGGCGGGCGUCUUUUUGCAUCUGAACUUUAAAAAACAAACAAAAAAACUUUGAAAGUGCUUAGACAACCGUGAAGUGUUCGCGGGAAGAGCAAUGACAAGAAUUUUUAUUGCGUUUUGUUAGCCUAUUGCAUUAUUGGAAGGGCCGGUACUUGGUACGUUUGCUAUAUAUAGUUAUGAAAUUUCUUUGUCGAAGGUAAUCCUUUGUCCUCCAUGAAGACGCUUGCUAAUCUGUGGCGUCUGUUACAUAAAGCUUCGCACACACUCGUAUCAGGUUAAGGAGUCCAAAUUUGGGCACCGGGUGUUCUGUUUCUGUUCUCGUUUGUAUGACGUCUGUUCAUUAGCUUCAUAGCAAAACUAGGCGGAAGUUGCGACCGCCUCUCCAUUGCCAGACGAAUGUCCUCCGACUCAAGUGCUCUUGCCUAUAGUUAGUGAACUGGCCAAAUAGUAAAGUAAAAGGAUUCUUGCUGGAGUAAUAUAGGAAAUUCUUGAGCACACAUUAGCGUCCCAUAUUGCAUGCGCUACACGUAAAGCUUCCUCGUAGUUUUCUGCUUUUUAUGCCUAAAGGAACGAUGUGAAAAGGAUGUGCGAAUCUUUGAUAUAUUCAACUCAAUGACGUUCUAGCUGUCGUUUAAUCAGAGAAUUUGAUGUUCAUUACAAUGGCGCAUUAUUCAUGGCUGAAUAUAGCAGCGCCUUCUGUGGGAGUCUAUGGUGCUGCACGGAGAAAUUUAACUCGCAAGCUUCGCACUUAAUUUUGGCGGUCUGGAGUUACAUAUAGGAUAAUCUUGUUGCGCACACAGUAGAAACGCAUUUCGUAUGGUGUAGAUUCCUGGGUUGUAAUCGUAUUCCUUGUCCUAAUAAACAUUCUUUUCUGUUA